UGUAAAUAUGAUAUUAGGGUUAGCUCUAAAAAUUGAUUCAUGUUUUGUUUCUCCUCCACACCACUAUCCACACUUAAACCCUUGAAAAACAAAAACCCUUGUGACCUACACAGACCAAGCAAACCAAACCAAACAAUGAGAAUGAGAAAGCAUCAAUGGCUAAGGACGGCACUCUCACGUGCGUACUACUGCACCUUCUCCUCUUCGUUCCCUCUAAAGCACGUGACCCAAUCAAACUUCGAGACCGCAGUCGCUGACCUGAAAACCCACCUGAAAGCCGCCGAUUUCGUGGCCAUCGACUUGGAAAUGACCGGAGUCACAAGCGCUCCAUGGCGCGAGUCCUUGGAGUUUGACCGCUUCGAUGUCAAGUACCUUAAAGUUAAAGAUUCUGCCGAGAAAUUUGCUGUUGUUCAGUUGGGUGUUUGCCCCUUUCGUUGGGACCCUCUUCGUCUCUCCUUCAUUGCUCACCCGCAUAAUUUCUUUAUAUUUCCGCGUCAAGAGGUUCCAAUUGAUUCUUCCUCGUAUGAGUUCCUUUGCCAGACGACGUCCAUAGAUUUCUUGGCUAAAUAUCAUUUUGAUUUCAAUGUCUGCAUUCGCCAAGGAGUGUCUUAUUUAUCUAGAGGGCAAGAAGAUGAAGCGUUAAGGCUCUUGAAUUUGCGAUAUGAGAAUGAGUUAUCAGAACAAGCUAGAGAUGUGCCAUUGGUCAGCAUUACGGAUAUCCUGUUCAGUGAAAGAAUGAAGAAUAGGUUGAGAGAAUGGCGUGAUGGGUUGUUGAAAGAUACUAGCGGGGGGUCUCAGUUGGAAGGGUCAUUUUUAAAUGACUCGAAUCAACAAUUUCAGAACAUUUUUUACAAGAUGCGUCCAGCUCUUUCUCUGAAUGGGUUCACUUCCCAUCAGCUUAGGUUGAUUCAAUCGGUCACAAAGAAGCAUUUUAAAGAUCUUGCUUCUGUUCGUGUUGAAGGUGAAAGUUCUUGUUCCCAGCAGCUAGUUGUGUAUACGGACUCAGAGAGUGAUAGGGACUUGCUUAAGAAAGAAGUAAUGGAUGACUAUCGUAGACAAGCAGAGAUGAAGAUCAAAGCUGCAAUUGGGUUUCGACAUGUUAUUGACCUCCUUUCCUCUGAAAAGAAGUUGAUUGUCGGUCACAAUUGCUUCUUGGAUUUAGCACAUAUACACAGCAAAUUCUUGGGUCCUCUUCCGUUGGAAGCUGAAGAAUUUGUCUACUCUGUUAACAAAUGUUUUCCAUACAUCAUUGACACUAAAAUACUCUUGAAUACUAACAAUAUACUCAAGCAAAGGAUGAAGAAAUCAAAGACAUCACUCUCCUCGGCCUUUUUAUCACUUUGUCCACAAAUUGCUUUUGCUUCGAAGGAAAGUUGUAAUCUGACUUUUAGCUCAUCUGUUAAAGUGGAGGUUCAAGUGGAUGAUAUAAGGUCUUCCAGCUGGAUUUCUGGAGUCAAACAUGAAGCUGGAUAUGAUGCAUUCAUGACUGGGUGUGUCUUUGCCCAGGCUUGCAAUCUUCUAGGCAUUGAUUUUAAACUUUAUUCGCCAUCUGAGAAUUUGGCUUGUAAUGAGAGGCUCCAGAAGCAUGCUAACCUUCUAUAUCUCAGUUGGAUUAAUGGAGACAUUAUUGAUUUAAGCACCGGACAUAGAACUGCAGAGUCUUUGAGAUGCAGAGACCUAAAGAAGUCGCAGACAGGGAUUCUGUUUGAGAACAUUGUUUUAAUCUGGGGAUUUCCAUCUAAACUCAAGACAGCUGUGAUAAAAGAUCGCAUCUCCAAAGUAUUUGGCCCAACAUCUGUUACAUCAAUAUGUCGUCUGGAUGAAACUGCAGUUUUCGUGCAAUUCAGUAAAUUAAAAUUGGUCGCUGAUUUUCUAGUUGUGAAAGAAACCCUGGAGAGAAGUAAUGAUGCAUUCUCUGUUUUGCAUCCUCUGUCAACAAUAUGAGGAGGAAAUACUUGUGCUGCUAGUUAUGAAACUUAUAAAGAUAUCUGCAGUUCACCUACAUCGAAACUUCUCUUUGCAGAUCAGGCAGAGGCAGUUGGUAUCAGAUGGAAGACCAAGUUGGUAGAAAGAAAGGAAGAGUUAGAAACCGAAGAGCAAGACAAUUUUCACGAAGAAAAUGCAGCAAAUACUAUAUCAGUUUAUGUGGAACAGAACUAGACUGGAAGGGAACAUAUAAUAAAGGAUAAGUACUAGGUUAUUGAUUCUUUCUGUGCUGCAGAAGUCUAACAGAUUAGAGCUACUAUUUUUUUUUUUUAUUCUGGCCUGAAGCAUGUUCAAAGUUACAGCAUUACUUUUCAAGGGAAACUGGCCAUUAAGAAUGAGAUUUCUUGUAUACGAAAUGUUAGUUAAGUAGCAAAAGAAAUUAAAUUGUAUAUCCGUAUUCUUAUUGUUAUUUCUACAGCCAAAUGGCAUCUUUGUAUAUUCAAAUUAUGUCGUUGAUGUGCAAUGCCAGUGUAAUUUUUUUUAAA